AUGCAAAUGGCGGGCGACGUGGCGGCGGCGCUGCAGGCCGAGCGCGAGCAGCUGCACCGCGAGAACACGGCGCUGCGCAACUCGCUGGUGGCCCUGCAGAGCGAGGUGACGGGCGCGCGCCUCGCCGCCAAGUACCUCGACAAGGAGCUGGCCGGCCGCAUCCAGCAGCUGCAGCUCUUCGGCCGCGACAUGAAGACCGACAUCCGCAACAAGCUGUGGCGGCAACUCGAGGCCGAGAUCCUGCUGCAGCGGCACAAGACGGUGGUUCGUGCCUGCCGGAUCAACUCAUCCUACCAGCAGCAGCAGCGCGUCACCAGCCACAACAACAAUAUCAAUAACACCCUUAACACUAUCAACAACAACAUGAGUAACAACAUGACCACUCUCAGCGCGGUGAUCGUCAACGGCGACGGCGAGGCGACGGCCACUGUGGAGCCGACGGGCCAGGAAGGCCAGGAAGCGGUCGGGGCGGCGGCGUUGCGCGACCAGCCCGUCAUCCGCACGGUGACGGUCUCGCGGCAGCCGGGCGAGGGCCUGGGGAUGUCUGUCACGGGGGGCCGCGAGCACGGCGUCCCCAUCCUCAUCUCGGAGCUCGAGGCGGAUGGCCCGGCCGCUCGGACCAGCCAGCUGUACGUGGGCGACGCCAUCCUGGCCGUCAACCGGGUGGACUUGCGGCAGGCCGGCCACAAGGAGGCCGUGGCGCUGCUGAGCGCACACCCUGGCGACGUGGUCUUGGAGGUGCAGUUCCUGGCCUCGGCGGAAGACAGCGAGGAUGACAACUCCGUCAGCGGCGACCUGGAGAACUUCAGGUACCGCUUCUUCGACGAGGACGUGCUCGCUCCGGGCGAAAACAUCAACUUGUACAACGGGUACCUCGACAAUGCUGACAGCGACGCAGUCAUCCCCACCCCCACAGCCCCGCGGACUCCGGACAGCAGGAAUGCCUCCGAGGUGUGCUUCCCUGUCAGUCCCGCCAGCUCCGACCACGCCCCGCAGUCCCACGGCAAGCUGUCUACCAUCGCAGUGGAGGUGCCGCUGCGGUCGCCCAGCCCCACGCCGAGCCCCGAGGCCGAGUCCGGCCUGGCGAGCCUCGCAGAGGCCGUGUCCGCGGACGGCCCGGCGUCGCCGUCCAGCGAGCUACCCCCCGUGGGCGCCGCGCCGGCUGAGAGCCCCGAGCCCGGCACCGAGCCCAGUCCCGAGCCCAGCCCCGAACCCAGCGCGGAGCCCAGCGCGGCCCCCGUGGAGCGCGCCGAGGACUCGGACAGCGUGUCGGCCAUUCAGCGCAUACUCAGGACGCUCACCUCGGCGUCGCCCCUCAGCAGCCCGUCGCCCUCCGUGUCGGCGUCCGUGUCGCCCUCGGCGUCGCCCGCCACCUCCACGCCGGUGUCGCCAGAGCGGCGCCUGCGCACCCAUCCGGGCUAUGCCCUUCGGGCGUCGCGCGACCACCACAAGCACGCCCUCCACGACCACACGUACCUCCACCCCCAGCAAGGCACCCACUCGGGGCGGCGGCAGCGGUUCACCACGCUGGAUGACGAGUCCUUCGCGGCGAGCGGUGAGGACGGCACCCAGGAGAUCUACCGCUUCCGCAAGCCUAUCUCCGACGAGUCGCAGAGCGAGAAGAUGUCGGACUCGGGCGUGGCGGUCACAGCGUCCGGCGGCAGCCUGUCUGGCAGCACGAGUGCGUACGGCAGCCUGGCCGGCAGCCUGGCCGGCAGCGUGUACAGCACCAAGCCCAAGCAGACCCGGCGGCGGUCCAAGCGCUCCUCCAGGAAGGCACCGCCAUCGGACGGCGCCGUCAGUUCCCCCGACUCCAUGUAUUUCCAAGGGAGGUUCGUCCCCAGUGACGCAGUCAUCUUGGAUAAUUUGGGUGACCCCGACUUCGGCACCCCAGUCUAA